GCUAUAUAAACGAGCUAUAUAAACGAGCUUGGGGUCAUGGCCCCUUCUCCCUACCCAGUGAACGGCUGAUUAAGGGAACCUGUGGCUACAGUUACUGCAAAGAAAUGUAUCUUCAAGUAACCGGCUCCUCUUCAGAUCAUGGGGAAGCUGCUACGUGGAACCAGGGGAGCACCUUGGAAAGCCAGCUCUUAUGGUCUUCCAGGCACGGCGUAGCCGUAGAGAAACAAGAGAACCCAGACCUUCUCCAAGGAUACAGAAGAGAAGAUGAAUGAGAACCAGCAACAAGGAUUUCCUGGUUCCUGAGCUUCACGUGAUAGUCUGGAUGGAACAAGAGGGAGAGCCACGUGUCCGGGAUUCCCAAGACUUGAGGGAAGCGGAGCUGCCAGGAGGCACCUGUGCAGCCGCCGAUGGAAGUGCGAGUGAGAACGAGGGGGAAACGCCCCAAGAGGGAGGCGCUGAACCGCAAGAGCCCGUCUCUGAAAGCCUCAGGGAGGCUGUCUCGCAGAGUCCCAAUCUGGAGAAAGCUUGCGAGAGUCAGGGCCGGCCGGAAAGGCAGCGGAGAAAGACCCCAGGCAAGAGGCUGGUUAAAUCCGCCACCCAGUGCGAGAAAGGCUUCCGGAAACUCAAGGACAUCCUGGUGCUGCGACGAUCCCAUUCCCGGCUGAGACCCACCAUCUGCAGCGAGUGCGGCAAAGGCUUCAGCCGGAGCUCCGACCUCAUCCGGCACCAGAUCACCCACACGGGCGAAAAACCCUACACCUGUGCUGACUGCGGCAAAGGCUUCAGCCAGAACUCCAAUCUGGUGACCCACCAGCGCAUCCACACCGGUGAGAAGCCCUACCAGUGCAGGGACUGCGAGAAACGCUUCAGCGAGAGCUCCGCCCUCAUCCAGCACCAGCGCACCCACACUGGUGAGAAACCCUACAAGUGCGGGGAGUGCGGGAAGCGCUUCAGCGUCAGCUCCAACCUCAUCCGCCACCGCCGGACCCACACGGACGAGAAGCCCUACAUAUGCAUCGAAUGCGGCGAGAGCUUCCGCCACAAGUCGCAACUGAGACGGCACCAGAAGCUGCAUCGUGGCGCUCUGGCUGAAGAUGCGGCCGCACUCGAUGCAGGCGAAGGGCUUCUCGCCGGUGUGGAUGCGGCAGUGGGCAGCCAGGUGGCCCUGCUGACUGAAGCGCCUGCCGCACUCCUCACAGCGGUAGGGCCGCUCGCCGGUGUGGAUGCGCUGGUGCAGGAUGACGGAGCAGCUCUUGCCGAAGGUUUUGCCGCACUGCUCGCAGCGGUAGGGCCGCUCGCCGGUGUGCGAGCGCUGGUGCUUGACGAGGUUGGAUCUCUGGGUGAAAGCUUGGCCACAUUCCAGGCAGCGGAAGGGCCGCUCGCCGGUGUGGGUGCGCUGGUGGCGGAUCAGGGAGGAGCUCUCCGCGAAGCCUUUGCCGCACUGGGCGCACCGGAAAGGUUUGUGGCCCUGGUGGCUUCUGCGGUGUUUGAGGAGGUUGCAGGUCUUGUUGAACCUCUUCCCGCACUCGGGGCACUGGUGGGGCCGCUGGCCCCCGUGGAUCUUCCAGUGGGUGCGCAGGUUCUGGCUCUGGGAGAAGCUCUUCCCACACUGGGUGCAGAGGAAGGGACGCUCGCCCGUGUGGACCCGCUGGUGGGCCAGGAAGUUCUGGCUCUGGGCAAAGGCCUUGCCGCAUUCAUCGCACCGGUAAGGCUUCUGACCCAGCGGGAUGCAACGGUGACGCAGCAAGCUCGAGCUCAGCCUGAAGGUUUUCCCGCAGGCGGCGCAGGUGCUGGGACGCCGGGAUGCCGGUGGGUCUGGGACAUCCCGCUCAGUGAGGUUUUCCCCAGCCGCCCGCCGACUCUGCAGGGUGACAGCCCGUCUGGGUCGCCUGGCCCCCAGUGGGGUGGUGGAGGAGAGCAGUGGGUGGCUAACAUCAGCUGGGACCUGCCAGCUGUCUCCCUGCCUGCCGGAGGGGUGAUUCACCACUGCUUUGUUCUCCUUUAUGAACUUUGCCAUCAAUUACCGGAGGGGGAAGAAAUUGUUCUGUUGGGUGCACAACUGUCGGCAAUUGCGACACUCCGGGUGCAUCCAGCCACAGUAACGCUGUUCAGAGAGACGGGGGCUGCAGGGGCAAGCUGGGAAAAUAGCCUUUGGAUUGCCAAGGUGUUGCCUGCGCAGGAAACCCUGACCCACACAUCUCGGAGUGCAGCAGGAUUCCUGACUCCUCACGUCUCCUUCCCCCUCCAAAUGGAGCAAGAAGAGCCGUGCGUAGUGGAGCUCCAUGACUCUGAUGACCCCGAUAUCGUUAGACGAGUCUACAUAGCUGACGACGGCAUCGUGAGCGAGAGCGAAGAGGAGCUUCAGCACGAGAUCAUCCAGACUGUCAUCCCCCACAGCCCGCUGGCCAAGAAGCCCAAGAAGAAGGCUUCCCAGAGAGCUGACGGGAACAGCGCCAAAGGCCGAGGGCCAGAGAGCCCGGCAGGGCCACCCCCUGACUAUGGCAGCGAGUUGGUUGAAUUGGCUGGCACACAGGAGGAAGAGGGGGGGAUGGUGGUGCGGCACCGCGGGGCCACCGGCCGGCAACGGCCCUUCAUCUGUAACGAGUGCGGCAAGAGCUUCAGCCACUGGUCGAAGCUGCUGCGGCACCAGCGGACUCACACCGGCGAGCGGCCCAGCACCUGCAGCGAGUGUGGCAAAAGCUUCAGCCAGAACUCGCACCUGGUGCAGCACCGGCGCACUCACACCGGCGAGAAGCCCUACCGCUGCGGCGACUGCGGCAAGAGCUUCAGCUGGAGCUCCAACCUCAUCCAGCACCAGCGCAUCCACACCGGCGAGAAGCCCUACCAGUGUGGGGAGUGCGGCAAGAGCUUCACCCAGAGCAAGAACCUCAUCAAGCACCAGCGGACCCACUCGGGCGCCCGCCCCCACCGCUGCACCGAAUGCGGCCGCGGCUUCACCCAGAGCACCAACCUCCUCAAGCACCAGCGGCUCCAUGCCGCCCGCCAGAGCCAGGCCUGCCCCGAGUGUGGCCAGGCCUUCCGCGAGAGCGCCGAGCUGGAGCGCCACCGGGCCGAAGCCCAUGGGCACGAGCCCUACAUCUGCGUGGAAUGCGGGGAGAGCUUUGCCAAGAGCGCCACGCUCAACCGGCACAAGAGGGUCCACAAGCCCCUUUUCGUGCGCUGAGCGACAGGUGUGGAGCGGGGCCGUGCCCGACACGUGACCACGCGUGGCAUCAAGAUGCGCUCCGUGUGGUUCAGCGCGUGGCUGGCCGCAGCGUUGAUGCCUCCAAAGCAUGACUAUGCCAGUCACGUGACUAGCUCCACCAUCGCGGGACGUGGCUGUCCAUGGUAUUGAUGUGUGCUGAGCGGGGCCCUCCACUGCAUCGACGCAUGUUGAGCAUGCCUGUGCCAUCCAUGACGUUGCUGAGCAUGCCCCUGGCCCGUCAUGUGACCUUCCAUGAUCUCAACGAGCAACUUAGCGUUGGCAAGGCACGUGGCUGUCUAUGGUGUCACAUGGCCAGCUGCUAGAUUGGCCACAUGCGACCCGCACCAGCACAGUGUCAAUGUUGUGGUCAAAGCCUUGGAAAGCAGACCUCAAAAAAACUCACAGGAGACAGAGCUACAGAUGUACAUAAGGUGGGGGGCGGGGACCGAGUGUGGGGGUGGGGGAUGUUUAAGGUAGAAGCCAUAAUACUCAACAAGGCAACUGCCCAUCCUAGGGAAGCCAGCAUCUAGGUGCAGGGGAGGGCAUCCUCUCCUGGGGGGUGAUGUUAAAAGCUGGAUUGUGGAUGAGGAGGUGCCUCGUGUGUAGAAUAAAAUUCUGCUGUUUUGGGGGUGUA